GAUAUUGGCAGGAUUUGGGUUCCAGAGAGAUUUCGGUGUGGGGCUUCCAUUGCUUCCAUGUCAUCACUUAUUCAUCCUGCCAGGAGUUCAGUUAUUGAGGAACCACUGGACCCCUUCUCCCUUGUUGCCGAGGAGCUUUCGCUUAUUGCAAAUAGAUUACGCUUAAUGGUGGAUGCUGAGGUCCCCAGCUUAGCAUUAGCUGCUAAGUACUUUUUUAAAAUGGGAGUCGAGGGGAAAAGGUUCCGUCCUACUGUCUUAUUAUUAAUGGCAUCAGCUCUAAACAUAUCCAAGCCUAUAUCUGCUAGUACUGGUGCACCUAGUAGCGUAUCACACAAAUUGCGUGCAAGGCAGCAGUGUAUUGCAGAAAUAGCUGAAAUGAUUCAUGUGGCAAGCCUUCUUCAUGAUGAUGUGUUGGAUGAUGCGGACAAGAGGCGUGGAAUAGGUUCAUUGAAUUUUGUGAUGGGAAACAAGCUUGCCGUGCUGGCAGGGAAUUUUCUACUUUCUCGAGCUUGUAUUGCACUAGCAUCACUUAACAAUACUGAGGUUUUAACAUUGAUAGUGACCAUUAUUGACAACCUGAUUACUGGUGAAAUGAUGCAAAUGAAAUCUACGUCUGAGCAAUGUAAUAGCAUGGAGUAUUACAUGCAGAAGACAUAUUACAAGACAGCUUCACUAUUUUCAAACAGUUGCAAGUCUAUUGCUGUCCUGGCUGAUCAAACUGAAGAAGUAGCUGAGCUUGCCUAUGUAUAUGGGCAAAAUCUGGGUUUAGCAUAUCAGUUGAUUGAUGAUGUCCUUGACUUCACUGGAACAUCGGCUUCUCUUGGCAAAGGCUCUCUAUCUGAUAUUCGCCAUGGAAUUGUGACAGCUCCUAUAUUAUUUGCAAUGGAAGAAUUUCCACAAUUACGUGACGUGGUUAAGCAAGGAUUUCAUAAGCCUGCAAAUGUUAACGUUGCACUUGACUAUCUUGGGAAGAGUAGAGGAAUUGAGAGGGCAAAGGAGCUAGCAGCUGAACAUGCCAACCGAGCAAUUGAAGCCAUCAAUUCUCUUCCUAAAACUGACACAGAUGAGGUUUUGAUCUCAAGACGUGCUCUUAUAGAUCUUACACAGAGGGUUGUCACAAGAACACAGUGAAAAAAAAAAAAUAUGUUGCUGAUGCUAUUAAAGAUGUCUUUCAUACUUUGAAAUUUCGAUUCAUAAGAUUUGUUUUUGUUUUAUACAUUUAAGCUGCAAAAGUAGUUUAUACGAUGAAAAAGGACACUCAACGUAUAAAUUUUUGCAUUUAGGAUCCAUUUUUGAUCCUCAUGCUGUAAACUUAAAUAUUGUGCAUUCCAGGCUAUAAUAAAUGUACAUGUUCUUUAUUUCUUUUAAAUCCAUUAAUGUAGCAAGAUAUUGUUCUUGAAACCAAGGACUUAAGUAAUUGUUGUAAUAACUA